GUACUAAUUUAAAUUUUAGAUAAAACUAAUUCAAGCAUAAUUUUUGUUGUGCCAGGUAGGCUUGUCUUUAAUCGCAACUUGAUAACUAGAGGAGUGCUGAUUUAUGAUAGAUCGGAAUUCUUUACGUUUGAUUAGGUAUGGUAUGCUACGUUUGUAGUGUGUGUUCAGCUGCAGACUUCUCUUUACCAUAGACAAGUAAAGGAACAUGCCUUAAUGGCGCGACCAAAAGCGAUCUAAGACGCCAAGGUUCUCAUUCUGGAAAUGUUUAUUGCAAUUGCUACACGUUCGUUAUCGUUACGGACUUAUCUAUGUUUGCUGCUUAAACAUACUAUUAUAUUGUGAUAUAAACGGAAUGAAGUUUUCCCAGAAAAGGAAUUACUUUCAAGCAACUCGAAUAUCGUGGGUUAUUUUCACACACAGCGAUGACUGAAAUGGCGGACAGCAACGCGUUUGAAGUCCUGAAGCCCGCUUGCACUGCCGUGGCAUGCGGCCCGAGUGUGGAGACAGUGCUGCACUUGCGGUCGCAGCUCGACCUCGUGCCGACCACGGCUCUGCAGCAGUUGCAGAAUUACGUGUUCUUCCCCUUGCUGCUGCACGUCAGGAACAGCGCGGUGGGGAGUGAUGUUAGGCAGCACUUGAUUGAUUGCAUCGCACAUGUUCUCAAGAAAACCAAGAUCGUGACUGUGAUGCAAUUGUUUGAGAUUUAUGUGCCUCUGUUCCUUCAUCUGUUUGAUGCCUCCAAACCCUCAUUGUUGGCAUCAGUAGCAGAAGAAACAAAGCUGUGUGUUGUCAAGUGCGUGACACAGCUAUUGAGCUCUGCCACUCCCGACACACUUGCCGAAGUAUACCAAACAAAGUAUGUUCCCAGACUUGGGCAGGGCAUCUACAUAUGCAUGGAACUCCUGAAGAGUGAAAGGAUGAGAAGUCUCAGGCUGGCAGUGAUACAGUGCGUGAUGGUCCAUUGCCGAGUUGAAACAUCUGCUUUCUUCGAGUCCAGCAACCUGACGUUUCGUCAUCAGGUGGCAGAUAUCAUCAGCGUGAUUCUGCCGGGAAUUUUGGUUGGUCUCCUGAAAGUGAUCACCGGGGAUCCGAAAGUUGGUCAUGAGGUCAUAAGGAUGGCUGUGCGUGCGUGGGGGAACAUAAUUGCGUUGGUGUUUGAGGACAGAACCGGCAGCUAUGAAGAACCAACGAUGAUGAACUGGCACUUGAAUAAUGAAGAGGAAGCAGAAACUGACUACGAGCGCAAGUCCACCGAAGAGCUGCAGCAGAUCUUGCUCAACCCGCAGGAACGACACAGAUGGGCAUGUUCCACGGGCAGGAAGGUGGCACAGCACAUGGAACUUGCAGUGAGAGUGCAGAGCAGUGACGACUGGAGAGUGAGACUGGAACUGGUGCAAGUGAGCCAUCUUAUCCUAGUGCAUUGUGCGAGAACCCUGCAGUCCAGCCAGCUGCCGCUGAUGGAAGUGCUGGUCGCUUCGACUGUGGACAGCACUGACGCAGUAGCCGCGGCCAGUUCUGCAGCGUUGGCGGAACUGGCGCAGUUGCCCCUACUCACGAGUGCUCUGGAGGAGAACUUCUACAAGGUUGCUGAGAGUUUGCCGCGUGUCAUCCGCUCUGCUGGUGAGAAGGAGCAGCUGUCCGCGGUGAGACUCCUGACGGGCCACUUGAGGCUGCUGGGACACAGGCUGCCACAGGUCCUGAGCUCGCACGUUCACUUGGAGAAGCUGGUGCUGGCCCUCGUCAAGGCCUUCCAGCUGAGCACUUGCGGCAUCUCGCCGCUCGAAGCUGGUUCCGCUCAAGGUACGGAGAACAUGGAGAUCAAAAUUUUUGGUAUUGGAGCACCGUGGAAGCAGUAUGAGUAUUUCACUGAUCAGCAGGUGCUGGAUUGUCUUGAGUCUGCGUGUUCACUCUUGGGUCAGUUCUCCGACCUUGAAAUUUUAAUUCAUUACUUUUUAGACAUGCUGAGUGAAUGGCCGGAGCACAGGAAAGAAAUUACUCUUAUACUCAAUCAAAUAUUGCUUACAAGUUUAAAAACAAGCCAUGUGGAUGUAGUGUCUCUCGCGAGAACUGUGAUUAAUGUGUACAUCGAUCCCGACCUGUGGUCGCUGCCUCUGUCCGUCGAUACUCACGUGACCUUGAAUGAGGCUCGCAGCAAUGUCGUGCAAGCUUGCCUGCUCGUGGAAGGAAUUGGUAAGGUGGCGACUGCCCUGGGCCGCCAGUUCCGGCCGCUGCUCCUGAAGACGCUGUACGCGGUGCUGGAGCGCUGUGGCAGCGCCCAGCCGGUCCUGCGGGCCGCCGGUGUCGAAGCAGCGCAGGGGAUGGCGGCGGCGUUCGGCUACCCGGGCGUCACGGGGCUGGUGCGAGCCAACCAGGACUACGUGAGCUUCCAUGUGUCGCGCCGGCUGCUGCGCGUGCGCGCCCACCCGGGUGCCCUGGACGUGCUGGCGGUCGUGCUGGCGCACAGCGACCGGGAGAUGUUGCCGCACCUGCAGGGCAUCGCCCAGGAGGUCUUGUUGUUGAACGUUGGAACCUCAGGAGAUAAAAGAGCGGUCCCAUUUUUAAGGGUUUUCCUUGCCAGCAUGAAAGCGUUAAGGAGGUGGAGUGGACAGUGUGAAGCUCAGGUUGUGGAAAUUGAUAAAACGGACAAAUCUGCAAUAGCGAACCUUCUGGAGUACCAUGCUAAGCGCACCAAGGUUUUGUCACUUAUGGAAGAAGAUGAUGAAGUUAAUGACAGUGCACAAGCAUCGACAGUUGAAGAGGAACAGACAGAGUCUGAGAAGAAAGAAACUGUUCCUCCAUUGAUCCUGCUUGCUGACCAAAUUCUGCAGAGGAGCGUCCACUUCUUGCCCACCAAGGACCGCACUCAGUGCUUGAUCGUCCUGGAGACACUCACCGAGGGCGUCAAGCUGCUCGAGCCGCACACCAACCAGCUCCUCCCGAUCGUGCACCACAUCUGGUCACCCCUGGUCGGUCGCUUGACGCAGUGGUCGGACAUUGUCAUCAUGAGGAGGAGCUUUGAGCUGUUGCGCACCCUUGCUCUGACCGCGAGGGACUUCAUACGAUCACGCACUCUCAAAGACGUCCUGCCGAAGAUGUGGUGGUUCCUGUCGAAGCGGUGUGCCGGCAACAGGCGUGGGCACGGCGCCCCGCACGCCUUCGCCCAGGAGUUCAAGCUGCAGCAGGAGCUGCUGGAGGGACUCGGGAGCCUGGUCGAGUGCCUUGAGCUGUCGGAGAGAGACGUCGAUGGACUGCUGUCGGUCGUGUUGCCCUACCUCAGCAGGGAGCAGCCCCAGCCUCUGCAGACGGCAUGUGUGCAGCUACUGAAACAGUUAACAAGAUAUGAUCCGGAUGCAGUUUGGCUGAGACUUACUGGUUUGCUUGUUUCAUGCAAGGUAUCAGCAAAUCAAAAUCAUCUAUAUGAGAAAAAUGUACAUUUGGUGCUGCAGUGUUUGGAAAGCUGUGAAGAAAUUGUUACCUGCUAGAGUUAGCAUGUAGCCAUUUAGAUAAAUUCAAUUAAUCCAAUAACAGUGUGUGUAAAUAAUUGUACAGAUUGUUUAUAUGUACAUACUUGUACCAGCAUUUUACUGUUUGUUUUUCUUUUUUUAUAUAUUAAAUUUUUAACCAUACAUAAGUUCA